UCGUCGUCUGUGCAUUCGGUGUGCAUUGCUACCCGGUUCGCACCUUUUCGGUAGAUCAUCCUGUUUUGCGGCAACUUUUAAAUAUUCGAAAUUGUAUUUCUGUUGUUCAUUUAUUUACUGAGAAUGUUAAUGGAGAUCAGUUGAAAGUAAAACGAGUAGUGAUCAGCGAAUUGAAGAAGACAGACGUUUGUAACGGUAAUCGGAUGAUUUAAAGAUUUUUUUUCGUGAGACGAAGUUUUUUUUUAUUUUAAUUUUGCUUUUAAAUGAUAUGCUCGUGUCUGGACAGUGAAGACCACUUGAUUUCAUACUUUCAGAAAUAAACUUUUUUUUCCCCGUUAUCGCGCGGUGUUUUAAUUGUUCAAUAAAGUCUUAUCUGAUUACGGACGAGUUUUAAAUAUUGGGACAAUCUGUCAAAACAGUGACCUAUGUGUUUUGUGAAUUAUACUUUUCUAACAGAAGCUCUUGUGUUACAUUUUAAUUUUAAGUGGAUACGUUGUAUACUGAAGCAACUGAUAUUGAAUCCAUACGUUUUUUUUUACAAUGAUUUCAACCUUGAGUGAAGUUUUUAAGUAACAAGUGACUCGGAGUUGUGGCGGGCAUUGUUUGAGUGUCAUAUUACUUGUCAGUUGUAUAAGUAUAUGUAUGGCGUUUAAUUCGACGAAUUAACAUUUUCAAAGUGGCCAAUGAGACGAACAAUUAUUACUCUGCUGCUCCUCCGUCGGACACCGCUGGAAGCUUCUUGUCUGGGACCCUCGCUCCAUCGCCAGGAGCAGCAAUGCUGUACAACGUCCCUUGCUAUCACAGCUAUUCACCUCUGUCCUGUUAUCAGCAGGUGAAAGGGCACAGAGCAGAUCCCGACUUAGACACACCAGAAAGGAGUCGAUCUCAAGACCCUUCUGUGGGAGGUGACGCUUCAAGCCCUGGCAGUGGCCAAUCUGAAUCAACUUGUGGAACACCACCCACAAAUCCUGACGCUGUGGCCACUAGUACAGGAUGUGCUCCGAUAUCAGUUUCGGCAACGGGGGGCCUAAGCAAUGGCUGUACCAGGAGCAGUGCCAGUUGUGUUGUCAGCAGCAGUCACCAGCUUCAAGACCCGACCAGCUCUCCAGUCACCGCGGGCUCCUUCUCUAGUCCGCCCACCUGGCCGUCCCUGGGCGACGUUAACACAGUGAAAAGUGAAGUUCGCAGUCCUGGUUUGGGUGACACCUCAUCACUGAGCCAAUCAGAGGCUUUGUACUCGGGGGCAGGAGACUCGAUUGGAUCGUACAGUGACAGCAAGGAUUAUUCGCAACACCCCUACUCAUCCACUCAGCAAUAUUACAGCAGUAUGCAUCAAGCAUAUGGCAGUCAGUCGUCGGCAGCUGCGGCGUACAUGCAGAGCUCAAGUUUCUACAAUUCUCCAGCCUAUGGCAUGUUGCAGCAGGGAUACCACAGUGCAACAGGUGCACGUGGCUUAAAUCAGCAGUGUAAAGGCUCAGCCUCCAACAGCUACCUUAGCCCAUACGCCACAUCUAGUACGGCGUUCGGAUCCAGUUCAGGGAGUAGUUCACAUCACAGUGGGCAGAGUGGAGUCUCUGCUGGACAGACGGCAUCGUACGCUUCGUAUGGUGCGGGUUAUAACUGUACAGCGUCCGCGGCGGCAGGCUUUUCGGCUGGCUCGCAGAACUUCCCUUCCUCGCAGCAGAAAUAUGAAUAUUACUUACAGAGCUUGGACUAUGGUGGAUAUGGGAAUACGUAUGCUGGGCACCAGGUUGCGGCAGCAGCCGCCUCGCAGUAUGCUAGCUAUUAUGCUCAGAGUUAUUCCCCAUAUGCUGUGUCUGGGUCAACAAGUUCUGGUAGCACCGGGGGAGGAACCACAGUUUCAGGCUAUCAACUAUCCUCAGGAGUGCAGCACAAUGCAGCAUUACCAGAUAGCCCAAGUGGGUUCCAGCUGUCUGAAAAUGGUCCUGUAUCACCUGUUAAAACAGAAUCCAAUGGUCCUGGAAGCAGUGGUAGUGGGCGACGGGCACGAGAAGGAAGUGGCGGAGAGGGGGCAUCUCGCUCCAGCAGAGGGCGUGGCCGUCGUCAGAACAAUCCUUCACCCAGCAGCCCUGAGAGUAACCUGGAGCGAGUAUUUAUAUGGGAUCUGGAUGAGACAAUUAUCAUCUUCCACUCUCUACUCACAGGGACCUUUGCUACACGUUACGGCAAGGAUGCCCACUCUGUGGUUCAGCUGGGUUUCAGGAUGGAGGAGAUGGUUUUCAAUCUUGCUGAUACACAUUUCUUCUUCAACGAUGUUGAGGAGUGUGACCAAGUGCACAUCGAUGAUGUUGCAUCAGAUGAUAAUGGCCAGGACCUCAGUUCAUACAAUUUUGGGUCUGAUGGUUUCCAUGCAGCUGCUAGUAACGGUAAUCUGUGUCUGGCUACUGGAGUUCGAGGAGGUGUCGACUGGAUGCGGAAACUCGCCUUCCGUUAUCGGAAGAUCAAGGACAUGUACAAUAAUUAUAGGAAUAGUGUUGGGGGACUUCUAGGUGCAAAACGGGAGCAAUGGCUUCAGUUGCGCUCAGAGAUUGAGGCUGUGACAGACAAUUGGCUCACGCUUGCCAUCAAGUGCUUAACACUUAUCAACUCCAGGUCAAACUGUGUGAAUGUUCUGGUGACAACUACACAACUGGUUCCUGCACUAGCAAAGAUUCUACUCUUUGGACUAGGAGGAAUUUUCCCCAUCGAGAACAUUUACUCUGCUACAAAGAUUGGUAAGGAGAGUUGUUUUGAGCGCAUUGUAUCAAGAUUUGGGCGCAAAUGCACAUAUAUAGUGGUUGGAGAUGGGCAGGAUGAGGAAGCAGCAGCCAAGCAGCUCAACUUUCCAUUCUGGCGAAUAUCAAGUCAUAGCGACACGGCCGCCCUUUAUAAUGCUCUUGAGAUGGACUUCUUAUGAUGUGGAAUAUUGUGUGAGGUGAGAAUAUUAUCUGAAAAUAAACUGUGAUCCAAGUCAGGUGUGCGUGCGUGUGUGUAUGUGUGCAGUUCAAGGAAGCAGAUUGCUGACUGAUAAACACCGAGUGUAAAGUGUUCAAAUAAAUUAUGAUACGGGGAGUGGGUGUGGAAACCACUUUUACUUGCAAAGAUAGAAGAUUGCUGCAGUAUUCGAUCACUUACUAGCAGGUUUUGAUGUUUUACAUUUCUGAUAACAUGUUUUUUCUGAAAGAAGAAUGAUGCAAGUCCAAUUGAUCUGUAGUACAUUUGAAAAUAUUUCAUACAAAUUUCCUGGCUCUUUCAGCUGUUAUUUAAAUAUGAUUUUAUUUGGUAUAAAAAUUGUCUGAAGGUAAGUCAUCUACACACCUUUGCACAUUAUUGAAAUCAUUAUUCUUGAUAUCAAAAUACUGAAGCAAUGAUUAAAGAAUAUUAAUUUCACAUUAAAACAGUCCACAAAAUUGACAAAAAAGAAGCAAAUAUUUCUGUAAGGAUUUAAAAACAUAUACCAGGGUCAGUACCAAGUUCCGUGAAAGGUUUGCUGCAGUAGUUGAUUCAUUGCACCAAAAAUUAUAUUCAACAUUGUUUAAUAUCUGAAAUAUAUUUGAGGUACAGAAUAUUUUAGGAGUAAAGGAAACUCUUGAAAUGUCUUGAAAUAUGCUUCAGACAGGAGACAAUGACCAACAUUCUUCUUCUUCUUCUAUGGCUCUCCAGUCCGUAUUCGGUCCAUGGCCUCCUCUCCUCUUCAAUUCGGUACACUCUUAGGUCCGUCUGUCUGAGGCUUUGAUUGAGGUUUCGAAACAUCUUCCUUUUCACGGUGCAAGGUUGUUAGCCUUGCGACCAACCCCCCAACCUGGAGGACCAGGGUACCAGGGUACCUGUCUUAGUCU